UUUCAAUUUGCCUCGUUCGCAUCAACCAACAACACAAACGUCGUGACCAUGGCCGGCAGCAAGCACCCGAACCCGACGUCGGUCGAACUCCUUUGCCAGGCCAAGAAGCAGCGCUGCGUGAGCCAAAAGCAGCUCGAGAGCAACCGCGCGCGCUCCAAGAAGUACUAUGAAGAGCACCGCGAGCACGUGCUCGCCAAGCUCCGUGCCAACUACGUCGAGAACCGCGAGAAGGAGCGCUUGCGCCAGCGGGAAAAGUAUCUGCGCCUCAAGGCGCGCAAGAUGCACGAAGAGCAGCAGGCGCGCGCCGCGGCCACGUCGCCCCUCGACAUCCGCCUCUGCGUCUCGUUCAUCCUCAACUAGAUGCGCGCAUUUGAUAGAAGUAGCGAUAGAAGCAGCGUACCAUAUUACUAUUUAAUUUAUAUUUCUCGAGCCA